CUUCCGACCGUAGUGCAACUUAUGACUUAGCGUUGGCGAACCACAUUCGGUUUCCGCUGUCUGUGAGGGUUGAGGUCAAGGACUUCAUACGUCGUUUGCUAGUGGUGAACCCGCGAAAGCGUCUUGGUGGUAGUAACAGCUCCGAGCUGUACUCCCACAGGUUCUUCGCGGGUAUGGAUUGGAUGAAAUUGCUCAGUAAGCAGUUGAAGCCUCCUAUAGUACCACGUGUAUCUGGUUUAUCAGACACUACUAACUAUAUGCAGUAUCCAGAUGACUGGCGUGCGCAUGAUGCGCGUAUAACGAGGUCACAACAAGAUGAAUACUUUAGCGACUUUUAGUG